AUGUUGGAUGGACAAAUCACUGCUGUUUCAAGUACUGUACGAAGAAUGUGUAGCAGUUCCAAUUCAGAAGAUUUCUCUGAAGGCAAUGACGGACGUGCUCCGUUAUUAAAUAAUUUUGUGUCGUCAGCCAAUAAUACCGUUAAAAUCGAUCUCAACCUUUCCGAUAUUAUCGUCAAGACAUCAAACAAUUCUAUUGAUAAAUUUCCAAAAGAGCGUUGUAAAGCUGCCAUAUCAGUGGGUUUGCUGAUAACAGCGGCUGUAUGCAAUGAUCUAGUAUUAUCGUUUAUCCAUGAAAAAGUACCACAAGAACCACCAUUGCCGGAUGCCGUAUUCGCUCACACGCCUUACAUUCCAUGGGCAUUAACAGUGUCCGAAUAUCUUAUGCUUGCCUCAUUCACAUGUAUGCUUGCAUUAACUGUCAUACACAGGCACCGCUGGAUUAUAAUUAGAAGAAUCGCCGUUAUCGGAUCAUUAUUAUAUUUUGGGCGUUGCCUAACGAUGCUCGUGACACAAGUACCUAUUGCAGAUCCCAAUUAUUAUUGCUCACCACGUCUAAGUGGCGCUGAUUAUACUCUAAGGAAUAUAGUCCUCAGAGCGAUGCGAAUUGUAAGUGGUGCUGGGUUGAUGAUCAACGGAAAGCACACACUUUGCGGUGAUUACAUCUAUAGCGGCCAUACAGUUGUCCUUGUCACUAGCUGCUUAUUUAUCACAGAAUAUAGUCCACGACGUUGGAAACCGUUGCAUUUCUUCUCAAUAAUGGUCGCAGCUGCUGGUGUUCUUUUGCUAUUGAUAUCUCGUGCUCAUUAUACGAUUGAUGUUAUAAUAUCAUAUUGGAUAUCCACGCGAGUUUUCUGGACUUACCAUACAUUGGCUGCUUUUCCAAGUCUUCGAGUAUUCUCAUUUGUAGAUUUUAAAAUUGAUUUCCAAUUAUUGAGCAGAGCGAUUUCGUAUGAUUUUUGUUUUCGCUUUUAUUGGGGUCUUCUUUUCUUCACCUCCUUCACUGUUCUGUCUCCUGGCUCAUAA